GUAAAUAGCAGCACCUUUUUUUAAAACCAUUUGAUAGAUUGUAAGGCUAUGGCCAGCAAUUUACAACUCACCGGACCGAAAAAUGCACCGGACCCGAAUCGUUAACUCUGUUUUUUCCUCCACAGAUGCUGCCAGACCUGCUGAGCUUUUCCAGCAACUCUGUUUUUGUUCAAUUACAGGUACGUCAAUUUGGAAAGAUUUCUGAAGCCACCUGAGAGAGAGAGAGAGAGCGAGAAACAAAAUCAGAAAUUACAGUCACUGGAGUCGAAAGAAAAUCUGCUUUCUUGCCACAAAUCUACUGAGUUUCUCCAACAUUUGCCUACUUUGUUUCGGAUUUUCAGCACUCACCGUUCUUUGUUUUAUUUCAGAGAGGCAGUCGGAUGGAGAAAGUGAGAAGAAAGUAAGACAAGCCUUUAGUAAAUAACCAUGUCUUUCCCCAGUCCCCGACCCUCACUCAGGUUUAGGGGGUGGAGCUGAUCAGGGGGCUGUUCUGAAUGGACCAACGGUUCCAUGUCGAUCUCUCAAGGGAAUGAAUGAAUGAGCUUUGAACCGGUCAGACAGGUUCCACAGUGUCCGACUGCUCUACACAGUAACGCCCAGAGCGGCUGGGCCGAACACGCCGGCAUCAGUAGAAACAGCUCAGACACAGAGAGAGAGAGAGAAGCUCGAGUCUGCAUCAUGUCCCUCAGCUCAGGAUCGUGUUUCUGGGGAUCAGCAAUCCUCAUUCUCCGCCUCCUGGAUCUAGGAAGCAGAGUUCUGGCGUCUGGAGCAUCUGAGUGGACUUACACAGGACUUCAUGGGGAAGAUCACUGGGCAUCCACCUAUCCAGAAUGUGGGAAUCGACAGCAGUCACCCAUUGACUUUCACAAUGGCAUCUUUGAGUAUGAUCCAACCCUAGAACCCAUCCAGUUGAUAGGCUACAACCUAUCAGCAGCAGUGAAUUUUUCUUUAACCAAUGACGGGCAUGCAGCAAAAAUGACCUUGCCUCCAACCAUGCAAAUGAUCACUGCAUCCCAUCGCUAUACCGCUGUCCAACUCCAUUUGCACUGGGGGAGUGAAACUGAGGCUUUGGGCUCUGAACAUACCAUCAAUGGGAGACAUUAUCCAUCAGAGUUACAUAUUGUCCACUAUAACUCUGAGAAGUACAACGAUAUUUCCAUAGCACAAGACAAGGUCGAUGGACUGGCUGUUCUGGGAAUUCUAAUUGAGGUUGGAUCCUUCAAUGCUGCUUAUGAACAGAUAUUUUCUCAUUUAACAGAAAUCCAGUUUAAAGGUAAAGAGAUCAAGAUCCCUGGUUUUAAUAUUAAUGAUCUUCUCCCUCGGGAACUGGAUGAAUACUUUCGUUAUAAUGGAUCCUUGACCACCCCUCCGUGUUACCCCAGUGUGAUGUGGACAGUUUUCAGGAAACCAGUGCAAAUUUCUAGCGAGCAGCUGUCAGAGUUACAAAAAGACUUAUACUUCUCACGAAUGGAAGAAGCCAAUCAAACAGAAAUGGUGAACAAUUACAGACAUGUUCAGGAGCUUUGGGAGCGGGAAGUGCUCAUCUCAUUCCACGAAGACAGCCUAACUGCUGAACAUAAGCUGACACUCGGUGUAAUCCUGACCAUCACUUUGGGUUGUGUGCUGUGUGUCAUGGUUGCUUCAGCUCUGACCGUUUUCUUCCUUCGGAAAAGAGCUGAUAAAAAAACCGAAAACAACGGGGUUACUUACAAAUUGGCGACCAGCAAAGAAGAUGAGCUUUCGCCAGCAUGAAUGCCAAGCUUGAUUAAAUAAAUUCUGGAAAGAGUUUAGUGGUAGUGGUCAGUCCAGGUGCCUAAAGAUGUAGCAGCAAUGACUUGUGUUGAUUUGUGAUUUGAUUUAUUAUUGUCAUGUAUUCUCUAGAUACAGUGAAAAGUUUUGCUUUGCGUGCAGUACAAGUAGAGUAUACUGUACAAAGUGCAUUAGGAUAAUAGAACAGAGUGAGGAGUACAAUGUUGUGGCUGCAGAAAAGGUGCACAAAGAGCAAAAUCGACAUUAAAUAUGAAGUUUGAAAGGUUCAUUCAGAAGUUUAAUAAUAGCGCGGAAGAAGCUGGUCUUGAACCUUUUGGUCCAUGUAUUUAAACUUUUGUAUCUUCUGCCUGCCAGAAGAGAUUAUAACUAGGGUGGGAAGGGUCUGUGAUUAUGUUAGCUGUGUUUCUGAGGCAGCAAGACGUAUAGAUAGUCAAUGGAUGGAAGAUUGGCUUGUGUGAUGAGGGGCACUUCUUCAGAACAUCAGCUUUCCCGCUCCGCCGAUGCUGCCUGGCCUGCUAUGUGCCUCCAGCUCCACACUAUAUUAUCUCUAACUCCAUCAUCAGCAGUUUGUACUAUUUCUGGCUUGUGUGAUGGACUGAGCUGUGUUCACAAAUGGGCAGAGCGAAUACCAAACUGUGAUGCAUCUGGAUAGAGUGCUUCCUAUUGGUGAUUCUAUAAAAUCUGGUGAAAUACUUUAUGGACAUGCCAAAUUUCUUUGGCCCCUUGAGGAGGUAGGGGCAUUGUUGGGCUUUCUUGACCAUUGCAUCAACAGGGGUGGACCAGGACAGAUUUUCAGUGAUCGUCACUGCCAGGAAGUUGAAGCUCUCAACCACCUCCUUUGAUGCAGACAGUGGUGGCCCUCCAUCUUGUUUCCUGAAGCCAAUGACUUAGCUCCUCCAUUUUGUUACUGUUGAGAGAGAGAAACUGUUGUCUUUAUAUGACACCACCCAGCCCUGUAUCUCUUUCUUGUAUUCCAUCUCAUCAUAGAGUCCCUAUAGUAUGGAAACAGGCCAUUCAGCCCAUUCAGCCCACACCAGCCCUCCAAAAAGCAUCGCACCCAGACCCACCCCACCCCUGUAAGCCCUCAUUUCCCAUGGCCAAUUCACAUGACCCGCACAUCUUUUGGAUAUGGGAGGAAACCAGAGCGCCCAGAGGUAACCCCCUCAGACACAGGGAGAACGUGCAGACUGUGGAAUCGCACACAUCCCUUGCACUGAGCUACCAUGAUGCCCUUGGUGUGAGAUCUGGACUACAAUAAUGGUGUCUUCAGUGAACUUGUAAAUGGAGUUAGGAUGAAAUUUGGCAGUAUUUAGCAGCUACCAACCUAAUGUCAUUUUGUAUAAAACUUUGACCUUUACUAAGUCCUAGUCCAAAUGUUAUGUUUUAAUGGCAACCUUACUCCUUAAUAUCGAUUUUCCUCCUGGAUGUUGCUUAUUGCAUUGUCCUGAAGAUUGAUCUUCAAUCCCUGGAUACUCCAGGUCAAUCCUGGAGAUUUGGCAAAGUUAAAAAUCUCUGUGAAGGAUUGAUAGAGACUCGACUGACCCCAAGUCUGGUCCUCACUCAGUGGAAUCUGAUUUGAAGUCUCAACAGAAAUUCUGAGCCUCAAUGCAUUUGUUAAAGAAGUUUUGAUUUCAGGCUGAGUUUUCUUGUUUUUAACACCUGCCUUCCACGUGGAGACUUUUUGUCUUUUACUCCCAGCCUAGGUGCAACAUAAAAAGCCCUCCACACACCAGCAUCGCUGUGACAAUUGCACCUCUCACUCCCAGCCACCACUCCUUUUGCCAAAAUAUGACUGUUUUACCCACCUCCCACAGAGUGGAAACAGCCUCUCACCAGAUUAACCCUUUACAGAUAAAAAGCUCAGGGAUUGCACAUGAACUAUCCCAUCUCCUUCAGGAUUCUCAACUGGACCAGCAGUCUGCUGCAUCAUUUUAUUUGAAACAAUGUCUAUGUUUAUGUUAAGAGCAACAUUACCGGUGACAGCGCACCUAAUUCCAUCAGCUGAACAGCGUCUUCAAUAGUGAAAACUAGUGCAAAGUCUUCGUUACAUUUGCCUGUCUUGGACGAGAAUGGCCAAUACCUAUUGGUCUUCCUCCCUUUUUCCAAAUACACGUCACAGUUCUCUGCAAUCCUUACUCCAUUAACAUUUUAUGUUGUGAAUGCUAAAGCUCGUUUAGUUUUAUGUGUA